GCCUUGGGCACACAGUUUGUGGCCCAAGCCCUAAUAUUUUACGGCCGUGCCCACACCUUCCCUUCUCUCUUUACAAUCCAGUUCAACUUCUUACCACGUGCAUGGGGUUUAAACGAGAAAUAAGGAAUCUUUUGGGUAAAUUUCAAAAAAAAAAGAAAAACGCGUUAAAUCCAAAAUUUUAAACGCCUUGAGCGUUUUGAUUGACGAAGACUUGCCCUAGGGUUUAUACUUGAACUUCAAAUUGCGUUAAACAAGUACGAGGCAAGCAUUUCUCAUCUGAUAUUUUUCGAACCCGCUUCAAUGUCGAUAAGAACAGUUAAGGUCAGCAACGUCUCCUUGGGUGCUACUGAACAGGACAUUAAGGAAUUCUUUUCGUUCUCUGGGGAUAUCGAAUAUGUUGAAAUGAAAAGUGACAAUGAACGAUCCCAGAUUGCUUAUGUGACCUUCAAGGAUUCACAAGGAGCAGAGACAGCUUUACUCCUAUCGGGGGCAACAAUUGUUGAUCUAUCUGUAAACGUAACUCCUGCUGUGAAUUACCAACUGCCACCUGCUGCUUCAGCACCGCCUAUGACAAAAGAUUCGAGCAAGGUCGCCAGUGGAGCCGAAUCAGCUGUUCAGAAGGCAGAGGAUGUGGUCACCAGCAUGCUUGCUAAAGGCUUCAUAUUGGGAAAGGAUGCCGUCAACAAGGCCAAGGCUCUUGAUGAUAAGCACCAGUUUACUUCCAGCGCCACUGCCAAAGUUGCCUCCAUUGACAAAAAGAUUGGCCUUAGUGAGAAGAUCAGCAUGGGUACUGCUGUGGUAAAUGAGAAGGUGAGGGAGAUGGAUCAGAAAUUUGCAGUCUCUGAGAAGACCAAGACUGCCUUUGCAGCUGCUGAGCAAAAGGUGAACAGCGCUGGUUCAGCCAUCCUCAAGAACAGGUAUGUCUUCACAGGAGCAUCAUGGGUAGCAGGUGCAUUUAGCCGAGUGACCAAAGCAGCGGAGGAUGUGGGCCUCAAGACCAAAGAGAAGGUUGAGAAAGCUGAGGACAAGGAGAGGAGAGAGAUGGUUGAAGGGUAUACCCAGGUUCAUCUCUCGGACUCCCCCAAAUCUCCUUCUCAUGAACCUUCCUCCAAGCCCCCUCCAGCCCAAGGUUUGGUACUUUGAGAUUCAGGAAUUUGUGUACAUAUUAUGAAGGGUAUGGACCGUUUCUCACUCAUCUCUCUACUUCUACAAUGUUGACUUUGCUUUCAAUUUGUGGGCAAGAAUGUUAUAUAAAUUUGGAAAUUAAGGGACUUGUAUAAACUUGAUUUGUUGGAGUGGGAGUAGUGAUUGAAUAGCUUCCUCUUUACUA